ACUACAUUUACCGCUUACCAACGAAGAGUAGGUAACUCUAAUUUUCUCGCACGUUGGCUCGCGCUCGCUAAUCAUGUCAACGCCAUCAGUCAUGAAAAUACCAACUCAUGUGCCACUGUUGGAUGAAGUCGUGACAGUGCUGAGUGAUGGACUGAAGAAAAAUUUUACUGAUGUCACAGUAUCAGUGGUGGACUGUCCAGAUUUAAUGAAGAAACCAUUUAUGUUGGCAUCAUCAGGCUUGUGUGGUAAUGCUCGUUUGGCAGAUGUUGGUGGUCCAGGAUUUCUACUACCUCUUCCAAAGAAAGAUAAGAAAUUUAGCUACAGUCAGAUUGCUGAGUCAGUAGGCCUUCCUGGAGCUUUCAUGAUAGGAGCUGGUGCUGGGCCAUGUCAUAUCGUUGGGGUCAACAGUGAGCUGAUAAACAAUGUUCAGAUGGAUGGCAAAGGUGGUGUUGCCAAAAUCAACUCUCAUAUUGCAAAAGUUAACCCACAGGAUGGAGGAUGUAUUCUGGAAACUAUUGAUAAACCAGAGUUUUCUUUGAUGGGAAAUUUCCUUUGUUGUGAUGGCCAGCCAGGAAAAGUUUUAGAAGUAAAAGCCAAGAAGAGAGUUGGCGAGGAGAAUUUUAUGUCCUCUUUAAGAAAGACAUUAAAAGCACACUAUGGAGAGAAUCCUGUGGCAUUAGGUGGGGUUUUCUUGGUGGAGAAAGGAAAAGCAAACCUCCACAUUAUGCCAGAGUUCUCGGACAAACCUUUGGACUCCCAAGAGAAGGUUGAUUCUUGGUUGAAGUACUAUGAGAUGGAUGCCAUUCUUGUAUGUGUUGGGGAGCUAGUAUCUCAUGACCCUGGCUUCGACUUGAGGGUAGAGCACUUCCACUGUUUCAGUGACCAUGGACAGGGAGGUCAUUACCAUUAUGAUGUCACCCCAGCUGAUGUGGAAUACCGAGGCUACUUUGUUUUGGCAGAUUCCAUAUACAGAAUUGACCAGCCUGGCAAAUGAAAUGAAGGCCAAUAUAUGCCAUAGCACCUGCUGAAUAGGGCAAUGUAAACGUGAUUUAAGAUUAUGAUUCUCAUAUGGAAUUCAUAUGAAUUGUAGAACCUGUGAUUGUUAUCCAUGAUCUGUGAUUAACUGAUUGUGAUCGACGAUGGGAAACUGAUUUUACUUAUUUCAGAGUCAUGUCUGUUAUUAUAGCUUAUGCAAUAUGAAGUUUAUGAGUAUCGGAAUUAAAAUGCUACAUAUAUGAUUAUAAUUGAUAUUAAAAUUGAAAGCUA